AUGAUUGACCUAGACGACAAAGAGAACCAGUCGCCGCUACGGCUGGGCUUUGGAAAGUCUCCCUCACCCAAGCGGUCACGCACCAAGAAUACUGCCACUGCUGGUCAAGAUUCGGUCCCUCCCUCCGCAGUCAAAUCUAUCCUCCCAUCCAAAGAAGAUGAAGCCAAGCGCCGAGAAGCCCGUCGCAAAUCGCUCGCCAACCGCAGAGUAUCUUUUGCUCCUGAAGCAACUCUCCACACCUGGGAUGUGAUCGAGUACAUGCGCGAUGCGACUGCAUCAUCCAAUUCGUCCGACCAUGCAAGAGCACACCAAGAAAUCGAUUCAGAUCCUCCCUCCACUCCUCCAGAGCAAGCCGAUGACGACGACGACGAACUACCACAAUCCCCUGAGCACCAGCGCGAUGCCCACCAGCAGAAGCGUCGCCGAAGCUCUGCCAUCCCUCCCAUGAAUUUCAACGACCUAGACGAUUAUUCCUCGUCUCCAGUCAGCGGCAGUAGCAAUGUCGAAGCUAGUAGCGAUGUUGAAGAAGAUGUCGAGUCUGAAGAUGACGGAGAGAGUACCGCUAUGAGCCUGGAUCAAGGAGACAACACCCUGCUUUCCCAGCAGUCUGGAGACAGCACCGGCUCGAGCGCUCGUCUGGAAGCUGCCUUACAGCAAGCCGCUGCUCAAGCAGGUACCCGUGGUAUCGAAUUUGACGAGUAUGGCGACAUGUCCAUGGAAAUGGCUGGUGACGAAAUCACAAACGCCUUCAAGCCAUGGGCCCAAGGUCAGCACUUUGCCGCAGAUGAUCAAGAGAACAACAACCCCUUCGAUUCGGUAUUUCGUCCUGGACCACAACCUGGCGACGAAGAGGAUGAAGGAGAUGAUGAUAUGAGCAUGGACAUGACACGUGCAGUGGGCCGCAUUCUGCCUCAGCAGCAGCCUCAGGACGAGCAAGAAGAGACUGAAGAUGAGGGAGACAUGACGAUGGAUAUGACCAAACCGAUGGGCACGAUCUGGGCUGCUAACCAGCCGCAAGCACAGCCACAAGAGCAAGAAGAGGAUGAGACACGCGACAUGACCAUGGACAUGACACGGCCCGUCGGCCGCAUCAUUCAGACACACCAGCACAUCUAUCAACAGUCUCCAGAGAGGACUGUUUCGUUUGGAGAUGAGACGAUGGACUUGACUCAGGCAGUUGGAAAAAUCCAUCAAUGGAAUCCCCAAGCCCAGCCCCCUCGCAGUGCUCUCAAGAGGCGAUUCGAGAGCUUUGCUACGGAAGACGUUGCUUCUCCGUCCUUGAAGAGGCCCGUGUUCGAAGAGCCAACAAGACGUACCGUAGCUCAAGCACGCGAUGCAAAGCGCCGACGUUCGUCCUCGUCUCGCCAGUCAUUAGGUGAUGCCACCAUGGACCUGACCGUAGCAAUUGGUGCGAUUCAGCAGAGACAGCAAUCUCCGGUCAAGAAGGAUAGACGAUCAAGUUCGCGCAGUCGCCGCUCAUCUGGCGCUUCAUCUGUUAUGGAUGAGCAGACCAUGGACUUUACUAUGGCAGUGGGUGGUAUUAAACAGCAACAACAACAGCCGAAAUCUCCUAGGGAACCAUCCAUUAUCGAGGAAGAUGAUGCAGAAGCAAAUGAGGACAUGUCCAUGGAAUUUACUGCUGUUGUUGGAAAUAUCUUGAAGCAGCAUGCGGCCACCGCAGUUGAACGCCCGGCUACACCUCGCAAGUCUCCUUCGCCUGUGCGAACAGAAAUCCCUACUACGCCUAAAGACCAGGAUCGUUUCAAGGAGACGCGUGAUUUGACAGCCAAGAAGCUUCUGACACCACUCUUCGAGAAGCAAGCACCUGGCUCGGCUGUCAAGGAUUCUGCUGGUUCGAGGAGGAGCUCUGCCCGCAAAUCUGCCUCCAAGGAACCCACCACAACCUUGCCCUUCCUCAGUCCAGCUGUUCUCAAUUCCCCUCGCAGAAGUCNNCAGGCUCUGCUCGCAAGAAAGAUCCCUUCGUCUGUCCGCAAGACACCAGUGUCGGCAACGAAAAGUCCACACUUUGCUCAGAAGAGCUCAGAAUCUGCUCAGCACACUCCUUUGGCUCAAACAAGCCCCAUCUCGGUCAAGCAGAAUGGCACAGCCCAGAAACUCGCCUCUGAGCACAAGAGUCCUGCAUCUGUGACCCGCACCCCUGCGUCUGUCACGAAGAGUCCGGCUUCAAAGACAUCAUCACGCAAGAGUCCUGUGUCUACCCGCCGAAGCGCAAGAAUCAGUCUUGCGGUAGUCCAGCCCUCAGCAGGAAGUACAGAUGACGAGAUGCAGGUCGAGCAAAACUCCCCAGCAGUCGAGCAAGAAGAGCACGACGAACCAAUGGACGAAGUCAGCUAUCCUGCUUUGCCUGUCACCGAACAGGAGACCAACGAUUCCACCGCAGUCGAAUCACGAAUUCCCGAGGCAACCACUACACCGCAAAUUACUGAAACGCCAUCCGCACCUUCACCAGUGCACCAUCACACUGCCGUUUCCAUGGCUGGAUCUCCGACACGAAGUCCAGCUGUCGCCACACCUAAGCAGAUUAAUCUUGAAGAGCUCAACCCAACAUCGCCAUCUCUCGAGAAGCAGCUGCGAAGUUCGCCUGUCAAGUUUGCGAUAACCCCUGAGCAACAGAAGCAAGAUACAGAGGAACCUCGCAAUACCUUUGCAGACUCUAUCAAAUUCCUUUCGACACCAAGCAAGGAGGCCGGCACUAGUCCGUUGAAGCGUCUUCGUGCUUUGACUCCUAAAAAGUCACCGGCGAAGAAGAUGAUAACCCCGAAGAAGAUUGCAACGCCCAAGACUUCCACGCCCUUUAUUGUUGAGAACCGAAAUGCACUUGGUCUGCUCGACCUCGAAGCUGCUAAGAACAUAUUUGCUGUGCCUAAAACCGGCCCUCCAGCAAGAAAGGUUCAGCUUAAUGAUUUCUUGGACCUUGCUGGUAUUAAAUUCAUGGACUUGACUGCUUCGAAACGUAGACACACUGUUGCCCCUACGCCUAGCGAACCAUACGGAGCUGAUGGUGAAGAUCAAUGCAUCGAUCUUGAAGGAGCCGUUGUUGCAGGUGCUUGCACGAUGCCCAUGCUCGACUUGUUUCAACAUGCCUGCCGCGAACUUAAAAAGUACAUUUCUGAGGGCAAAUCUUUCCUCAAGACCUUGGAAGCUGAAGUUUACGACGAUCCUCCACCAUUCUUCCAGGCUUACAUGGAUGCUACACCUGAGCGUAAAUCUCAGUUGGACGGUAACAUGAGAGACGCCAAGACGAACGCGAGGAUGAAAAGUAGAGAAGUUUGGUAUGACUGGCGCAGCAAACUCCUGGACGGCCUUUCAGAUGGCCUUGAUCGAAUUCAGACGGGUCUCGACACCGAUGCUGAGGUUCUGAGUCAAAAGCAACAAUCUCUUGACUCUGUGCUUCCUGACCUGCUCCAGCACUAUGAAGGUCUCUUGAAGGAGGCGGAACAGUUAGAGCAAGCUGCGGCUGCAACUUCUGAANGAGGAAAAGAGGAGUUGCGUGCUUCACGCGCUCGUCUCGUUGAAGUCGACGAACAGAUUGAAGAGCGCAAGCGUAUGCUGGCUAGUCUUCAGCGCGAUGUUGACGAGCAGGAUAAGCUUGCCGAAGCCUACGAGGAAAGCAAGGUUGAGAGCCUGGCUGCCGUACAGGAAGCAGAGCGUGUUAAAGAGUCAUGUCGUGGCUUUACGAUUGACGAAGUUCAGUCACUCAAAGCAUCAGUAGCACAACUUGAGAAACAGUCAGGCUGGACUAUCGCCUCAGCCUCAGGUGCCAACCUCACAAUGACCUACGCAAACACACUGCAGCUGUACUUCAACACAACAUCCUUCAAAGUCACUUCUUCUGCCCAAGCGACAAAUCCAACAAACUCGCCUAUUUCACUUACGCACAUUACUCCUACCACGUUGACGACCGAGAAGCGAUUCUUCCUCCAACUCAUGCGUGCACAGCUGCAGUGUCUGGAUCAAAAGACCAUCUCUUUGAAACAGCUUCUCAACUUUGUGCAGAGAGGCUGGGAUGCUGCCUCACAGAUCGCUGAGCAAGUACGCUGUUUGACUCUGGAACAGCUUGUCAAUGUCAGUAUCCUCAGCGAUGAGCGUCUUGCCAUUGACAUUUGUAUUUUGCUGCCCAAGGUUGAGACCAAGGUCAAGGUGUCUUUGCGAUUGACAGCCACGCUUUCAGACCCUGAAGCACAAGACUUGGAUAUCAAGAACGAGAUUGACGUUGAUGCCAAGGUCGUGUAUGGCGAGCCUUACAACGAGAGGAACAUGUCUGAGUUUGUGGGCAAGAGAGUCAGAGGUCAAGGAUCCGAGGGCUGGGAUGCGACCAUCCGAGAUCUGAGGACAAGACUUGUUGCGACCGGGCGCAAGGGACGUUGA